AUGGCUGAAGAUGCCGCCAGUGGUGGUUGGAGCACCAUCGAAUCCGACGAAGGUGUCUUCACCUCUCUGAUCGAACAGCUGGGAGUCAAGGACGUGCAGGUUGAAGAGCUGUUCUCACUCAACGCAGACUGGAUCCGUGCUUUGAGUCCUGCAUACGGCGUCAUCUUCCUCUUCAAGUGGAUCGGGCAAGGGUCGGAAAGCAAGGGCACGCCUCAAGACGGCUCAUACGAUCGUGCCGCAGUCGAGGACGAGGGACUCUUCUUUGCGGCCCAGACAAUCCAGAACGCCUGUGGCACCCAAGCCAUCCUCUCGGUGGUUUUGAACAAUGACAAAUCUGUCGAUGCGUCUUCGUCUGGGGCGGAUGCGGCAACGGGGGCAAGAAUUGAUAUCGGACCGGCGCUACAAGAGUUCAAGGACUUCACGACCGGGUUCGAUGCAGGGCUUAGGGGAGAGUCGCUCUCAAACUCGGAAAUGAUCCGAACUGUGCACAACAGCUUUGCAAAGUCUAGUCCAUUUGUUGACGAGACACUGCGUGACCCCAGCGCGGGAUCCGAGGACGUCUUCCACUUUAUUGCUUACACACGUUAUCACGGCAAAUUGUAUGAACUCGAUGGACUCCAACCCUACCCCAUCUCACACGGCGACUGCACCGAUGACGAAUUCCCGGACAAGAUCAUGUCUGUGCUGCAGAGAAGGAUUGCCAGAUACCCAGAAGAUGAGAUCCGCUUCAACCUCAUGGUGGUGUGCCAAGACCAGAGGAUCAAGUGGCGCGACCUCGACGAACCCGACAUGCUCGCCGAAGAGGAACGUAAGCGAGCCAAGUGGGAUUUUGAGAACGCGCUCCGGCGGCAUAACUUUGUCCGAUUUACGGAUGAGGUGCUCAAGGGAGUGGUCAAGAUGAAGGUCAAGGACGGAUCCUAUGAUGCCUGGAUAGAGGGUGCCAAAAAGGCGACAGAGAAGCGGAUAAGGGAACGACGGAACCAAGCUGGGGGCUGA